AUGGAUAGAGAGCUUUGGGAGCUGGUAAAUAAGUUCUUUCUUAAGGCGGCGCUGCUGUUAUGCCAAUCGAAGCAUUACAGGGGUCGGCCAGCUACAGAGAACGCCACAAACACAAAUAACUGGUUCAACAUCGAAACACUGGGGAAUGCUGCUUUGGAACGUGAAAUAGGACCCUGGAUUUCGUUUGAUGGUUCCAGAACCGUACCACCGCUUGUUAUAGAGACAUAUCUCGAUUUGACACAUUUGAGCCCGUCGCAAUCCAUUAUCUUGCGGGACCAAGAUGGAAACCCUUGGAACGUAUGCAAGGGCACUAGAAAGUCAGAAAUUGUAUUGGAACGGUGGCUGAUACAGCUGGAUAAUGACACAGAACGGCGCUCGGAAACAACGGAGGCAAAUAGCCCCCCCAUUGGUGGCGGUGAGCCCUACGCCUCGAAUGAAGAAAUUUACCGGCAACUGAUCCUACUGUUUCGAUACCUAUACACAUUGGUGGGUUUGCUACCGGCCAACGAUCUGCAUCUUCGACUGUCCAAACCAGUCACAACAUCUGGGGGCACCUACCCUGUGAACGUAGGAACGCGUGUGUUGGAUGGAACCAAACCUAUCGUCUCCAAGGGCAGAAUCGGUCUCAGCAAACCUCUCAUCGCCACUUAUUCCAAUGUGGUCAACGAAACGGCUUUGCCAGCACAUCUUGAGCAGCGCAAAAUCACACCCAUCCUAACCAAAUACGGUUCUCUCAGAAUAUCUGUAUCGUACAGACGGGACUCAGACUUUCAAGUCAAUGAUAAUGAAGAAUAUUUCGUAAACGAGUUUGGUAAUACUGCUUUAGCUCAGCGCCAAAUGCAUAAUUCUUUGCCUGCGGCUACCAAUUCCUCGCUCAGAAGGGUGUCCAUGAAUAGCCAGCGAUCGAUCUCAGUGUCACCUAACACUAAUAUAAGCCCCAACCUCAUGGUGGAUCAAUCACCUCAAAAACCUAAAACUGCUUUCACACGCCAACUUCAGCCAUUUAAGGCAGGUUCUGUCGGAAGUGGUUCCAUUCCACAAGUCAUUCAGGGAAACAGCUUAAGCAGGAAUCCUUCCAGUACUUCGGUUGUCGCCGCACUUCGAGCACAAAGAUCCAGUAAUGGCUCCAUUACGACGGGCUCAAAUCCAUUGCAUGAGUUACACUUAGAGCCUUCCAGUAUAGGAAGCGGCAGCGUUUCUAAAUACUCUUCUUCGUUUGGCCGCCUGCGCCGUCACUCGAGUGUAAGAAGAUCAGACAGCGUCGAAAGGCCUCAAAAGCCUUCCAAACCAAAUGAAUCAUCAUCUGGUGACCUUUUGGAAUUUAUGAAACUCCUGGACGACAGAAAGGAGCUCAAAUCCAAAAUUAAUGACAGAGCUACCACUCUUGACAUGGCAAGCUCACUCUUAAAGUUUCAAGGCAUGCGAAAUACGAACAAUAAUUUAAGCACUGACCUAUCGAUGUCGAUGUCUCUGGAACGGCCGCCGGUCGGCCAGCAGAGAAGCAGAUCGAGGUCCAAUUCGCACUCUCCCAACUCGUCGUUUUCACCGUCCAUGCAAUAUUCUUCUAUUCCGAUGAGACUUUCUCAAAGUCGCUCUAACUCCUAUCAAAGAGAUAUUCUCGACGAGUAUUCUAGCAGGAGGAGCUCUGCCGAUAGACAAGGCUCACUAGGUUAUAACCUCAACGAGAGCCUAGCUAACGCUCCUAGAGGAACUUUUCGGGAUAGUGCUAUUGCAGAUGAGGACGAGGACGAUGAUUUAUUGAUCGGACGAUCCACGUACAACAACCAAACGCUCUCUAUUAGAAAUCGCUCUACGUCGCCUGGUUCAAUGCGCAGCGUUUCGAGUUCGUUUAACAAAAAUCAGUUGCCUUUCAAAUCUGUGGCCAAUUUCUCUGGACCUACAACCAUGGCUACACCAGCGCACGCAAAAUUACACAAAGCUGUUGUAGCAACAUCUCCGGAGUCACACAACGCAGAGGUUGAACCUAAGAAGGAUGACUGUUUGAACCAUACUGAAGAAGAUGAUGAAUUGCUGUUUUUUAUGAGCGAUAUGAAUCUUUCUAAGUAA